CUCAAUCAGUCAUGCGCAAAUUAGACCAAUAACAGCACAAAGACUGAGUCCCGCCGUCCAAUCACAACACACUGACUGAGUCACGAGGGCUAAUCAAGGAAUGAAAACAAACCAGAGCUUGUUGUCAGAGUCGGUCGGUCGAGCUCUUCCAGCAGACAGCAUCCAGCAGAGAUGGAGGUGAUCCGGUCUGAAUCCGAGAAGGAUCCCGCUCCUGACGGAUCUGCGGAGGCCGAGAUCCAGACGGCCAUGCUGUGGAGCAUCCAGGAGGCCGUUCAGCGGCAGACGCUGCAGAUCGGGGUCUCUGCGUGCGGAGCCACUGCGGUGGUGGACGUCCUGCAGGCGCUGGGCAUCACGGUCACACCAGAGACGGUCAACCACUGCGUGCGGACGUGUCUGAGGAGGAACGAGGCGCCGCUGCCCGAUUAUCUGCACUCGCGCAGCAAUGCUGGUGCGACACACCUGCAGCUGAUGGACGGGGCGGAGCAGGCCAGUGGGGGCCGCGUCAUGGGCCGCUUCUUUGGCUUCUAUCCGCGGCGGAGGGUGAAGCUGGUGCCGUGGUUGGCGCGAUGGAUACUGCGUGGAGCCAUUCCCGUCGCCACCAUGAACAUGCAGAAGGCCGUUCCAGAAGGAGAAGAGAUUCCCGACGCCUGGCACCACCAGCUCAUCUUCGGCGUGGGACCCAGUGCCGUAUUCAUGACCAACCCUCUGGACGUGGUGAGUGAAGAGGAGGUUCAUGAGCGUCUUUGCAGCGAGUCUGUGCUGCUCAUUCGCCGUGAAGACGUUCUGAAGAGACUGACACCAGAUGUUCACCUAACACAGAUCUCAGAUCAGCAUCCCGACCUGCGCUGGAAAACACUGAAUGUGGAGGGUCAAGUUAGAGAGAUGGUCAGUGAAGAAGAGCAGAAGGAUGAAGAGCGUCCUAAGAUGUCUCAUCUCAUGAUUCCAGCGGCGUACAGCUCCGGAGUGACUCUCUUUGCUCUCAGAGACUCUGAUGUCGGUCGAGAGCUUCUCAACACGUCAGAACUGCCUCUGCUGUGAUUUACAAAACUGCUGAUGAAAUCAACAGUUAAAUAAGUUAUUAAGGAGCUGACAUUGGAUCAAUAUUUAUGUCUGUUUUUAUCCUUGGGAUUUUAAAUAGAUGUGUUUUGUCUUAACAAUGUUGUUUUUUCAUGUUGUUUCAGCAUUUAUUGGUUGACAGCAUCAUGUUUAUCAAAUAAAAGGCAAGAAAUGCAACUUUGUUUUAAAAGA